GACUUUUUAGCAUUCAUUUAAAGCUUCUGUGGGCCGCUUUGAUUCAAAAGCAGAAUACUGGCUUUCUCAGAGCAUGAGCAGAAGUGACUUAACACCACAGACAAAAUGCUGCGUGUAACUUCAGCUCUUUUUCUAGCACUUCUGCAUUGUUGCAAUGCCCAAACCAAAACCAGCCAGGUCGCUGCACCUACGGACUGUGAGGCCAUUCAGACAGAUGCAGGAAUGGCGCUGGAUCUGGUGAACAGACAUCGCCAGGACGGCUACGUGUUCGGCCUGUUCCGUGUUGCUGAUGCACACAGACUACACACGGAAAAUUCAUCAGUCCUUUACUUAACUUUGGAUGUGCUGGAAACUGAAUGCUCCGUGUUAUCUGGAAGACCCUGGGAGACUUGUGAAUAUGGUGAUCUCUAUUCCAUGGACUUUGGGCAAUGUAAGAUUAUCACAUAUACAAGCCCGAUGCUGAAGAAACCUAAAUUAUAUGGAUAUAAUUGUACAUUAAGUCCAGUUCCUCCCGAUUUAAUAGAGUGCAAAGAUUGUCCUGUAAAAGUUGAAGUCUUAGAAGUCACUGAGGAACAUAAAGAUCUUGCUGCAAAGCUCCUGGAAAAAUUCAACCGUGAGGGUAACCACACAAACUACUUCAAAGUCAACAAAGUUGAGAAGAUUCUAAAGGCGACUGCCUCCCGUGAAGCUCACAUUUUAGGAUUCUCUAUAAAAGAGACCAAAUGUUCCAGAGGAGAACAGCAACAAGCAGAUGAGCCACUGGAAUGUGAAUUUCUGGAUGACUGGCACGCUCACACAGGAUUCUGCAAGGCAAGAACUGUUAGUGAUCCAGAGGAACCCAAUGGAAUAGAAAUAAACUGUGAACUCUAUCAUCCCUGGCAACGUUAUUAUGGACAAAGAUGCAGAUCUCCAGCUCCAGGUUGGCCACACAAGCAUCCCCAUCAUCACAGACAUCGUCACAGGCAUAGAGGUCCACCGACCUUUCAGUUCAAACCUGAAGACUCUGAGCAUAACCAUGGUUUCAACAAAGAUCAUCAAGGCAGCCACGAAGAAGCUCCUCCUCCCUGCCACGGUAGACAUCACCACCCUCCCCCUCCACACCACGGUCUGGCUCCUUCCCAAGAGGAACCAGAGCACCCCUCUUCCACUCCUCCUCUCUAUGACAAACAACACAGUCCUCCUCUUAUUCAAGAGAAAUCUGAUUUUCGCCCUUUUACUCCUCCUCCCUAUGAUGAGCAAAAUAGCCCUCCUCCUCCUCCCCAUCAUGGGCCACACUGCCCUCCUCCUCAUGGACAUCACCACCCACACCAUCCUCCCCAUCAUGGGCCACGCUGUCCUCCUCCUCACAGACAUCAUCAUCCACCUCCUCCUCCCCAGGAGGAACCAGAAAACCCCUCUUCUGGUCCUCUUAUUCAAGAGAAAUCUGAUUUUCCCCCUUCUACUCCUCCCUAUGAUGAAGAACAUAGUCCUCCCCCUCCUCCCCAUCAUGGACCACACUGCCCUCCUCCUCAUGGACAUCACCACCCACCUCCUCCUCCCCAUCAUGGGCCACACUGCCCUCCUCCUCAUGGACAUCACCCACACCCUCCUCCCCAUCAUGGGCCACACUGCCCUCCUCCUCCCCCUCCCCCUCCCGGACACCAUCCUUACCUGUAUCAUCACUAUCACAAGCAUCAUUGCAACAAGACACGCACAUCUGGAAGCUACUUUCCAUUCCAAGUAACUGGAUCUGUCUAUCGCAUUCCAGUUCUAAAUAUGCAAGAUUCUCUCACACCUCCCAGUGCAAAAUUUCCUGAGUUAUCACUUCUUGGCCCUCAAAGUGCUGGCACUGAUGAAGAUACUCCCUUCACUGACUCAAGUCUAAGGGAGAUGCCAGAAGCUCCACAUUUUCCAGAUCACCCUUCACAAUCAAAGUCAUGCCCAGGAAAACCUAAACUUGAUCUUCCAAAGAUUUUGCCUUUACUUCCACAUAAGUCCAUGGCAGAAAGUCUUGAAUGACCCCUGAGAAAGAUAUUCCUGACUUGAGGGUUGCAGGCCAUAUGACCAAUGCACAGUGAAUGAUAAAAGCAUAUGGUAGAGGGGGAAAAGCAUACAAUUUCCAGGGAGGAGAAACACCGACAUUACUGAUUAAGGUGAGCAUUCCAGAUUGUUUCUUGAUCCCAGCUAUCUCAGACUCCACUAUAACUGAAAGAAAGAUUCAAAAGUUUGAGUCUCUCAAAUAAUGUGACUGGGUAGAAAUCUCAAUCAGUUCAACUGAAAAGGAAAAUUCCCCAACAGUGAAAACUGCAAAUCUUCAUUUUCUCAUAGUUCUUAACUGUAAUGCACUUCUCUGAGCAACUAUAAUCAUCUUCCUUAAAAAAAAAAAAAAAAGAUCCAUGGCACUACAUUGCACUUCAUAAAAAUCCAAAGAAAAUAAAAUCAUGUAAUCAUUUCUUUCUUGA